AUGACCUCCGGUACGGCGACGCUACGGUUAUGGCCUCUACCCAGACAAAUCACUUCAACUUCCCAUACUUCCCUCCACCACCCCACGUACACUUUCCAACCACCACCUCCCCACCCUUUUCAGCCGCCCACUCCCUCAUGGUCACCGCCACCGCCACCGCCACCCCCAUCUCACCCUUUUGCUCCACCACCUCCUCAUGUUCGCCCUCCGCCACCUUCACCGUCACCAGAUAACAAUAUUCCCACAGUAAUAGUCAUUGUGUUCAUCUCAUUUGGAGGUCUUUUCUUCCUUGCAUUCCUUGCAGCUGCUGUCUUUUGUUGCAUUAAGAGAAGAAAGAAGAAGACGAUUGAAGAAACCAACAUCUUUCACGUCGAUGAACACAGGAAGGUCAAGGAGGCUAUCAUAGAGGGGUCCGAUGGAUCGCAGGCUGUGAUAUUGUCAAUUGAGGAUGGUGUGCAUAUUGAUGAAGUGAUUAGGAAGAACGAGAAGUUUGGUGAUGGUUUGCAUGAUAAGUCUGCAGAGGGCAGAUCAGCUGGCAAACUUGAGGAGAGAACAUCUUCUUCAGGUGCUUGCAAAUUUUGGUCGACCCACGAGUUGCCGGAACUCGUUGAGGAAGAAGCUUGUUUUGGGGAUAAGAAGGUUCACUAUACAGAAGCUGAGAUUGAACUGUGA